UAAAGUUACUUUUGACAUAAAUGUAAACAUAAUAGUUUGUCACCUUCACGACGUUCGGGGUAAUAACAUGUUCAACUACUUCAUACAUUAACUCGAAUCCAGGUUGUGUUUUUAGAUUUCGACAAAAUGAACAACUACGGAAGAAGUUUUAAAUUCUGUCAUUGACUUCUGAAACCCCAAACGCCGACCUGGUCCGUUUGAUCUGUUUCUCAGUCGUACCCGGAAGUCCCGUAUUGCUGCGCCUCUGGGUUAAGGAAGGUAGAAACUGUGCGGACAGACCGUCGCUAGCUCACAGUUGAUAAACGAAUUUAGCUACAAUGGGUUUGCCAUCUAGGUGUUGCUGACCUCUUAUGGAAGUGGACCUCCUCCCUCCAGAAGCGCCAUGCGAGGGUAUCACUCCAAGCUGGACUCAUCCUCCUCUGCUGGGGGUACGGGCGGCUCCAUGCCCCUGAGCCUGGCCGUGGAGACUGAGAAAGCCCAGGCAUUGCUCCAGACCUUCUCCUCUGCCUCCCUACUGGCCAGCACUGCGCUGGGGGCCUUCUGUGUGCUGGCUGACCACGUCAUGCAGCUGACCCUACUCCAACAGCACCUGUGGCUGCGGGCAGUGCUGGACAACACCGUCCAUUGUCUGAUAGGCCUCUGGUCCUGGGCUAUCGUCAUUGGCCUCAAGAAGAAGAGUGACUUCUAUGAAGUUAUCUUAGCAGGGAUACUGGCCUCUGUUAUAGACCUGGAUCACUUCUAUAUGGCUGGCUCUCUGUCGCUCAAAGCAGCCACCAGCCUGCCCCACCGCCCCCCCCUCCACUGCUCCUCUCUAAUCCCGGUCCUCUGCUUCUCUCUGAGGCUGGUGCUGUGGCUGGGCAGGCUAAAGGACUCGUGGUGCUCUCUACCCUGGCUGCUGUUUAUCUCCCUGGCCUCACACCACAUCCGAGACGGGGUCCGCCAUGGCCUGUGGGUGUGUCCGUUCGGCAACACGGCCCCCAUCUCCUAUUGGCUGUAUGUGAGCAUCACAGCCACCCUGCCACACCUGUGCUCUGUGCUCAUGUACCUGACAGGAACUCGAGACGUGAUCUCCACCAAGCACGGCAUCGCCAUUGACAUCUGAUGGAAGGAAGGGCCAACACUACGCCUCCCUAAUAGCACCCUAUUCCCUAUAUAGUGUACUACUAUUGACCAGAACCCUAUUCCCUAUAUAGUGCACUACUAUUGACCAGAACCCUAUUCCCUAUAUAGUGCACUACUAUUGACCAGAACCCUAUUCCCUAUAUAAU